AUGGGUGUGGUGCUUAAGAAGUCGCACAACGUCAGUCUAUGCGGCCUUUCACCAACCCACAGUUACAGUACAUUCUCGACAGUAAAUAUGACAUCUCAGAAUCUUUAUCUUCCAAGUGUCUCCACUCUUCCAGCGUUCACUCACUCGUUUUAUCAUUACGGAUACUUCAACCCAGACAUGUCCACCUCUCUUUACGGAAAUGGCUCCAGUACAUGGUCAAGUUAUGAGAGUCCAUAUAACCACCAAAGAUUUCAAGGCAUCCCCUACCAACCCGCAGAUGAAGAAAAACCAACUCAGUCAUAUAUUGGUCUGAUUGGAAAAGCAAUUUUAAGCUCCCCUCAGCAGAAACUUGUUCUUGGUGAUAUCUACAACCACAUUCUAACAAAUUACCCUUACUUCAGGAAUAGAGGAACUGGAUGGCGUAACUCCAUACGCCACAACUUAUCGUUCAAUGAUUGCUUUGUUAAACUGGGUCGGUCUCUAAACGGCAAUGGACACUUCUGGGCAAUCAAUCCUCUAAACUAUGAGGACUUCAGUCGGGGAGAGUACAAACGUAAAAGAGCCACAAGAAGAAACCGAGAGAGAAACGAGACUGAGAUAAGGACAAUAGAAAUUUUGAGAAAAUGUCCAGCUUCUCUAAGGAAGGCUAAAAGUUCUACACAAAAUAGAGGUUUUCACAUCGACACACUUCUAUCCAAGUAA